AACCCACUAUUACUUUCUAAUAUCAAUUGGAAGGUUUAUUAGAAUAAUUAACAAAGCAGCACGUAAGAAAAUUUAGAGUUUAUGACAUGGUUUGGUUGGUACUUGGUUAGUCCCAUGCAAACACAUGGAGGAGGUAUACCCUAGGGGUGGUUGUAGCAGAAAAUCCCAUUAAUUGUAUUUAAAUCAUUAAAAAAUAAUUUAAAACUAAUCCGUGAACAGUAACCCGGAAAAGUCGUAAGGAACAGUGUUUUUUUUCUUACUUACGUUUUAAUUAUUCUAAUAAUAAUAAUAUACACGGUCAAGAAUCAGUUGAUCCCAAUAAUUCGAGUUGGUGGGAGAUGUUCUAUAAUGGAUCUUAUACUAUUCACUAACACACCCCCUCAAACGAAAGCCGCCAGUCAAGACCUUCCGAUCACAACAGACUCUGAUACCAUGUAAAAAACCAGUUUAUCCCAAUCACUCAGUUGUUGGGAGAGGUUCUAUAAUGAAUCUUAUACCAUUCACUAACAUACAGUGUAUACAGUGUUUAUUUGGCUUAUUUGAUCUCCUUGGACCUUAAAAUAUCAACAUUUGAUGUAAAUUUUGCAUUUUGCCUACACCAAUAUGGGUUUUACACUUUUACUUCAAUGAAAAGAGACAUAAGUGUUUGUUUUCUUUCUCUUUCUUGAACCAAAGAUAACUUGCAUUAUCAAGAAUAAUAGAUCAAACAAAGUGUUAAACUUUUCUAAUUUUUAACUUUUGUUUAAAGGGUAUUUUCGUAUGGCUCAACUUUUCUAAUUUUUAACAUCUUGGUCAUUUUUUUACUAUUUAACAUUGUGACUUGAACUAUCACCCAAAACAACUUUAGACAUUAAAAAAAUAAUUUCUUAAAGUCGUUUCUCAAAAUUCAAUCAUUAUUGUAUUAUUGAACACAAUAUUCAUCAUCUCAUUAACUAAAAUUUUAAUCAAUUAAUGUUUCAAUUAUUUUUCAUCAACUUUAUUUUUUUUAUCUAGUGCACCAAUCAGCUAAGCAAUCUAAAUGAUUACUCGGCAAAUUAUUUUAAUAAUUAUUUAAUCAAAAGAUUGGAAAAAAAAUUCAACGCCCAAGCUGCUAACUAGCGGAGGAAUCCAUUUUCCAUUCGUUUCCUCGUACUUGUUUUGUUUUAUAGGGUGGGUAAGCUUUAGUUUAGAGGAUUUUUUAAUUUAAUCAAACUUUAAACUUUCCGUCUUUUAUGUUUUAGAAUUUUAUGUUUUUUUUAAAUAAAAAUCAUUGGUGCUAGAAUUCUCUGGCUAAUUUAGAGCAGUGGUUUAAAUAUGUUCAUCUGAAUCAAUUUCCUACAAAAUUUUAAAUAACACUGGACCGAAUACAUAAAAUAGAAAAAUUUAUAAGUAUUAUACUAGCUCUAGGUCAAUAGGAAUACAUAAUCUCGAAAAAUUUAUAACCCUAACGAUGUAACUAGAAAGAGGCAAUCUGAUUUUACCGUUGCUGCAUAAUUUCGUUGUCCCUUCUCUAACCUUUUCAUUUUCCGUAACGUAUUAGGUCGUUCGGCUUAUGUACUUAUUCGGUCAUUCCCAACUGGGCAAGGAGUCGGGAAUAGUUUCUCUCUAUAAAGAAGGACAGAUCAGCCCCAUGAAUCUUUCUCAACGAGAUGAGCGAUUUAAGAUCAUGGUCCAACCUCCCCCAAGAGGUUCUGAAUUUGAUACGGCAGAGAUUGUUCCGGAGGGAUUAUUCCAACUUCAGAUCCACCUGCCGUGAUUGGAAUUUCAGAGCUGCUUUCGACGAGGCCGUCUACGACAGAGUCGAUUCUCCACUGUUGUUGGGCUUCUCCAGAAGCGGCACUGAUCAUGACGGCGGCUCAUCCUCGAGUUGCUGUUGCUGCGAAGCCUAUUCUCCUGCCAAGGAGAAGACGUAUUACAUCAGUGCUCAUUCAAAACUGUUUGACGCCCAAAUUCACUGCUCCCGCUACGGAUGGUUGCUCUGCUCCAGGCUCAAACACUUGUUCUUCUAUCACCCAUCCACACAAGACACCAUCGACCUGCCGGACCUCGGAUCGUACCUCGUAGUUCCCCGCAUUAAUCGGAUGAGCUUCUCGGCGCCACCUACGUCUGCAGAUUGCGUCGUGUUCUGCCUCGGCGACAUACGCUCCAACAAGGAAGUGUACGUUGCUUUCAUCCGGAGAGGGCAACGUUCUUGGAACCUCUAUGCUGACGGUGUUCGUAACGUGAUGAAGUGGACCGGCGCUCGCCCUCGUAAGUUGGUUGCGAGAGAAAACGGGACGAUUCGGGUCAAAUCCAGCCCGUGUCGCACCAACUUGCAGCACUCCGUAGGGAAAUUUUGGUGGUCGAAUUCGAAUUGUUCCCCUGUUUUCCACAACGGAGCUUUCUACUGUCUGGCCCAGGAUGGGAGGCUGGGAGUUCUCGAUCCCAAGAAGAAGAUGUGGCGGAUACUUGAUACGUUCUUGGAGGAGGAGGCGCGCACCAUGCUCUAUCUAGUGGAAUGCAGGGGAAAGUUGAUAUGCAUAGUGGUUGGUCGGAUGGGAGAAUCGGUGAGGAUCUACAGGCUCUAUGAACCCACAAAACAGUGGCAGCCUGUUGCCAAUCUCGGAGACGAAAUGAUUUUCGUUGGUCAUGCGGGGUACUGCAAUUCAGUCAUGACCUGCAACGACGAAGAAUUGAAGAACACAAUUCACUUCCCAAUAUUUCAUGAAAGCCACCAUGUUUUUUACUCUCUCUCGACCCAACAAUUCCAUUCCUUCGAACCCGGGCAUCCGUCGAUUGACGACUUGUACGACACGGAGCUCAUGUUGAAUCGCGCCUGGACGAUCCCAAAUUUCCAGUUUCUAGCCGGGUCACAGCUGCGUUGGUCGUCGAAGCCCAAAAAGAGGCCAAGGAUCGCGGAAAAUGCAGCAGAAUGUCGUGGUUACCGUAUUCAUCCGCAUUAUGUCAUUAGGAACUUGUCUUUCUCAUUGGAGCACAAGCAAUCGGAAGAUGAUGAUGAUGACAAGGAGAGGAGGGAGGAGCAAGAAGCGCGGCGACCAUUUCUAACGUUGUCCAAUGAAGAGGGUGAAGAAAUGUUGGUCGACUUAGCCAAGGUGCGGCCUACGGCCGACCAUCCAAGAAGCGUGGAGCUAGCUGCGAGGACCAGAGGGAAGCAAGUAUAUAGCAGCACUGCGUACGGCGUUUUAGUAUUGAUGGAUGUCGAAGCUCGUCGGUGUUCCCUAUUGGAUCUGAAAUCCAUGGCAGAGACGACACUGCCGACUUGGGAGACACCCUUCACCUGCUCCAAUGCCAUUCUCCAUUCGUCCCCGGGCGGCGGAUCCAAAUUUACGGUGAUGGUUUUUGGUGAAAUUGAGCGCCAACGGGAAGCAGAGAGUGACGCAGAGGAUGAUGAAAAACGAGAGAUGGAGCAUGAUGCCUUUGCAAUGCUUUGGCGAGAUGGUGACAGUGAAUGGACAGUACACAGACAUAUGGUGAAAGGAUCCAAACCAAACGUAAGAGCUACGAUCCACAAAGGUAAGAUAUAUGGGUUCCCGAAAAAGAGGUCCGGUAUGGUUUCGAUUGAACUUACCCCGGAAAGGUACACAAGCAAACCUGUACCAAAACGUGGUUCUCCUCAUAAAAAAUGCCCCAAAGGUUCAUACCAGCUGCAAGUAACUUUGGUAGAAUGUGGAGGCGAACUCUUACUUUUCGUCAAGUUUGAAACUCCUGGCAGAUACGGUGAAGUUAUGGAUAUACAGGCGUUCAAGUUGGAUUCGCAAAUGAUGGUCUGGGAAGAGGUCGAGCAUUUGGGAGAUCGAGCAUUUUUCUGGAGCGACCUGGGUUGUUAUUGGUGUCGCGCUACAAAAUUCGGGUUCAAGAAAAACUCUGUUUACUAUCUGGAAUGGGAAGAACGAAACCUAUACAGAUUUGACUAUACAAACCGUAGCGUUACGAUAUCCCAACCCGAUCCUGUUGUCGUCGAUGAUAGUUGGGUGCCGGGUGGUUUCAUCAUGGGAUAGAAUUAGGAAAAGCGAGGUUUAUGCUUCACAUGUCUAGUAGCAAUGUAGAAGAGGUGUUUACUAGUGUAUGAAUGAAUAAGCGAUUUGAUUGCAUAAGAAUUUUGCAUGUUAAUUGUUAUGUAGGGGCUUUUAUACAAGGAGAGUGCUCUGCUAUGGAGAUAUUGAUCAUGAAAUAAGUAUUGACAGUAUUAUACACUCCUAUCUUGCUAUAUAUGUGGAACUAGCAAAGACCCGCUCGCUACGCUUCGCGCAUAUAUGUGAGAUCAUAUCAGGUUUGAAUUAGUAUAUAAUUAUUAGAAAUUAGUAAUAGACAAUAAUAAAGGGCAACAGAACGACCAAAUAUCAUAAUGCUACCUGUACAAAACACAACCAAAAAGAUCACACAUAUAUAAGUCUUGCCAUAGAGGAUCAUGAGCUGGGAUAGAAAGGCAGUGGAAAUGAGGAGACGGUCUGCUGUUAGAGUUGGAUUCCUAGUAAAGAUUGGCAACAUGGCGAUGACAAACAGUUCACUAUAAAAAAUAGUGCACAACUUGGUAGUAUCAGCAGCAAUCAAACAUAAAUUUAAACAACCAAAAACCAAGAAAUGAAACAACUUUAUUCAGUGGUCCUCUACGAACUAAGAAACCAAAAACCCAAUUCGAAUUGAUCCACCAUAUAUAAGGGCUUCUCCAGUCUGUCAAGCUCAUAAAUCUGUAAAACCCAGAAUUGAGAGAACUGAAAUUACAGAGGAUGGGAAAUUACUAACUGGUCGCAGCUUUCUUACUGAAUUGUGCCGCUCAAAUCUAUCCAUGUUUGGUGGACCUUGCUUGGUCGUAGAGGAGGCCGGUGCAUUUCCCCACUAAACUCGACAGCUCCAACCCACCUGUCGCUUCUCCUAUCGCCACCCUCUGAACCCUUGCUUCCCCAAAUCACAGUUGUACAACAUUUACCCAGGAACUCGGCUGCCGUGCCGAUCGCUCAAUGAGCAAAAACUUCAAACUGAUCACUGCUGUGCUGGUUCCAGGUUAAUUUGACAGGCUAUCCAAAUCAGAUCAACCAAUGACAAUCAUGUAAAGAUGCAAGCUUGGCCACUUGGUCUAUGAAUUCAAAUAUAUAAUGAGAGGUCUUGAAUGAUUUCCUCAUCAUUUCAUCGAGCAGGUUUAUGAGUGGAGCAAAAAAUAGAAUACCAUGAGACAAAUAAAUGGACAAUUUAUCGAACGGUAAACCUGGGGUAGCAGGUGAUAAAGUGCAGCAGUGGCUGUUUUAAGAGUUCCUAGAUGUUGCUAUUGUUUGUGUGAUCGGAGACACUACGAAAUUACCAAUAAAUUGGGUGAGGGGAGCAAUAGCAAAGUGAUUAAACAUACAUAUGAAUGAAGCAUAAAUUGAUGCAUACUGUAAAUUAAAACAACUCGGUAAUAGGAGGAAUAAUAAUAUAAUAUCAGCAACUAAAUUAGACCUAGUUUCAGACUGUGAUAGGGUAGUGAAUAGCACAUCGUGACACUUAAAUUUAACUCAAAACCUAGACUCAUACCCAUCAAUUUAAUAGUACGAUAUUCUGUAGAACUCACAUGAACUACAUUCGAGGGCAGGCUUUUGGAUAGAUUCAACUUCCUAUACUACAUAUAAGAUGAUAUAUGUGUUGCAGAACUAUAACUUUGAACAAAUUAACCCCUAUCCAAAGAGCUGAAGUAAUCACCAAGGGUGAAAGGAAGCUCCACAAAGAUGAAUUGUAAUUCCCAAGGUGCAGUAAAAUGGAAGAGGCAAACGAAUGAGCGAGGCGAAAGAAUUUGUACCAUGUAAUGUCCUUCAGGUAGAGCAGAAAUCCACAGUUGUAAUCCUCCUCCACAACCUGACAUAUGCACAGUUAAGAUUUCUACGGAUAUGUUUUUGCCUUUUGGUGCUGAGAAAAAUAUGAUAAAGUAUAUACAUCACAUUUGCCAGGACGUAAACCAAAAUGAUGAUAAAAUUAAUUAUUGUCACAUGGAGAAUGAAAGAUAUCGACAUGA